CGAACCGUUUCGGUGAUCUGCCUUGGAAUGCACUCCAAGAUCCGAUAAGUCAUGUCAUUCAUGCCCAUGAGAGUGUAGGCAUGGGGGGUUGUUUCGUGUAUUUAAGCAUACGCUGCUCCGAAUCAUCUAGCCGAAAACUUCAACCCAAGUACUAGUAGUUAUCAACACAUCUCACCUGACAAUAAAGCUUUCAGGUCUGACCAAAGUUCCUCGUCACGUUGGGCAAGUCAUAAGCAAUUCUCCAUUUACAGCUCGCAUUCGUGCCGUCUCCUAUACGUCGAAACGCCGACUUGUUUGGCAGGGGCUCGCCAUAUAUAACCCUGGCUGCCACGGAUAACCCUGAACCACAACCCGUAUACAACCUACUAAAGAGGAUGGAGUCACCCAGCGCUCUCUCCAACCUGUCCUUCAAUCUCAAGGGUAAAGUUGCAAUUGUAACCGGUGCCUCGCGGGGGAUCGGCGCAGGAAUCGCGUUGGAGCUGGCUCGCCGUGGUGCGAAGGCAACCGGCACAUACACAUCCGAAAGCAGCUCAGCCGCCAUGGACGCUCUGAUUUCCCAAAUAUCCUCCCUCAACAACGGCUCGCAAGCAAUCAAGAUCAAAGCCGACCUGCGCGACCCCCUCGCCCCGCAACACAUCAUUGAGCAGACCAUCCACUCCUUCGGGGCCCACAUCGACAUCCUAGUCAAUAACGCGGGAGCCGAGCUCGUCAAACCACUUCCCGAAAUCACAGCCGACGACUUCGCCUCCAUCUACGACCUGAACGUGCGUGGGCCGAUGCUGAUGACCCAGGCCGUGCUCCGCCACCUCCGCGCCCCCGGCGGCAGGGUGAUCAACAUCAGCUCGGUGGGCGCGCGGCACGGGUUCAAGAACCUGUCGGUCUACUGCUCGUCCAAGGCGGCGCUGGAGGGGAUGACGCGGUGCUGGGCGGCUGAGCUGGGAGGGGCCGGGCAUACGGUCAAUGCGGUCAACCCCGGGCCGGUGCAAACGCAGCUGAUGGAGAAUAUCCCCAGUGAGAUUGUGGAGAUGCAGAAAGCGCAGACUCCGGUGCAGAAUCGGGUUGGCACGGUGGAUGAUGUCGCGCAGGUUGUGGCGUGGUUGGCGAGUGAGGAGAGUCGGUGGGUGAGUGGGCAGGUUAUUUCGGCUAGUGGUGGAUGGGCUAUGUAUUGAGGGAGAUGCUGUCAUUGGGUUGAGUGUGUACAUCUAGGAGCACUUUGCUGUAAUGUCGUUGGUUCGGUACAUCUAGCCAGAGAUAUGUU